AUGAAAUAUUACUAAAUUAACCAAUCAACUGAUUAAUACUGAAAAGUUAUGUUUGAAUAUUUGAUGACAUAUCACUGAACAGCACACUAGUAAAUGCUGUAUGGUUGGAUCUUCUAAAAGAAUGUCAACCAUGACUCAACCUCUCUUUUCAUCAGAGGGGAGGAGAUCAAGUGACAUCAGGAAGAUACAGGAAGAUCUUCAAAAUUUGAAUGAAGUAAUCAGAUUGACCAAAGAUUCCAUUAUCCGACUGAAUGAUAAAUUUGGUGGAAAUACGAACCCUCCGCCUAUUUAUCUUGAAGAAUAUCGUGAGUUAACGGACAAACUCGGGGAUCUUCAAACAAGGCACCAUAAUCUCACUGAUGUUUUGGAACAACAAUUAUUACAAGGAUCACAAACUAACUCAUUUUCACAAGAACCAUCCGGGGUGCAAACACUACCGGGCAACAGAAUAUUUUUCCCGCCUGGUCCACAGUACGUUGGCACUGAACCAGCAUAUGAUACAUCAGAUGGAUCACAUCACAAUGGCACAAAUAAUCAACUUGGAAAAACUGUGGGAGUGAUCAGGAUAUUUCUUCCUAAUGGCAAGACAACGGUUGGAGCCGUUAUUGGAAAAUCAUUGAAGUCCCAAGUUUUGCAGAAGACAGCAAGAUUGAAAGAUUUGAGAGAUAAAGCAGAUCAAUGUAGUGUUUUUAAGUUUGGAACGAACCAACCAGUGGACUGGGAAGUUGAUUCAGGCAGAUUAGCUGGAAUGGAAUUAGAACUGAGAACUGAUAAUAAAUCAUUUAAAGAAAAAACUAGAAUAUUACAAGCAGAACAUAAUUUUACUCGCAAAACAUUUUUGACACUUACGUACUGCGAUCACUGCCAAAGGAUUUUAUUUCAUGGAAUGUAUUGUAAAAUGUGUAGUUUAAAACUGCAUCAACGUUGUAUUCACCUCGCUCAAGAAUUUUGUAUCACCAAAGAUCAGAUCAUUAAAAUAAGUGAAAAGAUUAGAGCACCUACUCCAUCGCCAGAUUCGCCUAAAACACCAACAGAUACAUCAGGAACUGUACCUAUUCCAAUCCCAAUGGAUGAUCGCAUCACAUUUACAAGAAGUCGCUCUUCAUCUCAACCGAGUUUGAUUAUUUACAAGACUGCAACAGGGCAGGACUACAAUGAAUCGCAUUUGAGUGGACGACCUGGAUAUUCUGUGACCCCACCAACAUCAUCAAUUCAGUCAGCCGCAGCUACUAUUGGCAGUCUUCCUGCUGUUGGAUAUAGAAACAAGACACACCAUGGAUCAGGUACGAUGCGACGAGACUCUAAUGAUGACUGGGAAGUCCCUGAAGAAGAAAUUGAAUGGGGAGACAAGAUAGGAUCAGGAUCUUAUGGAACAGUGUUUCGAUGUAGAUGGCAUGGUGUUGUUGCUGUAAAGAAAUUAAAUGUUACUAGUCCCACACCUUCCCAGUUACAAGCGUUUAGGAAUGAAGUCGCAGUCCUAAAGAAAACACGACAUGUGAAUAUUCUUUUAUUUAUGGGAUACACGAUCAAAAAACAGUUAUGUAUAGUGACACAAUGGUGUGAAGGUUCAAGUCUUUAUCGUCAUUUACAUGUUAUUGAAACAAAGUUUGACAUGGUGCAACUUGUUGAUAUUGCAAGACAGAUUGCUCAGGGAAUGGAUUACCUUCAUGCAAAGAACAUUAUUCAUCGCGACAUGAAAUCAAACAAUAUUUUCCUGCUUGAAGAUUUCACUGUAAAGGUCGGUGAUUUUGGUCUUGCCACUGUCAAAUCAAGAUGGUCAGGUUCUGAACAAUUGAUGCAGCCUACAGGUUCAAUAUUAUGGAUGGCACCAGAGAUAAUAAGAAUGCAAGGUGGAAACCCUUAUUCAUUCAAAUCAGAUGUUUAUGCAUUUGGAAUUGUACUUUAUGAAUUAUCAAGUGGGAAACUUCCUUAUCAGCAUAUCGGUAGCAGAGAUUUGAUUUUAUUUCAAGUUGGUCGAGGUAUUUUAUCACCAAAUCUUUCGUAUUUGAGGAAUGAUACUCCAAAAGCAUUCAAGCGUUUGAUAUUAGAUUGUUCUAAGAAAGGAAAAGAAGAACGUCCGCUGUUUCCACAGAUUGUGGCAUCUCUUGAAAAUCUAUAUCGUGCACUUCCAAAAAUAUGUCGCAGCCAAUCAGAACCAAGUUUAAAUCGUUCAGGAUUCUCUGGCGAUGAUUUUUUUACAUUGGCCUCGCCAAAAACUCCUAUUUCACAUGCACCUUACACAUUUGUCAGUCCCUAAUUUCUUUGAUAUACAAAGUCAUUAAUAGUUCAAUGUGGACAAUUAGACAAAGAGAUUUAGAUAACUGGUUGUACCAACAGUUGCACAAGUUGUGAAAUUCAUGAUGCUGAAUAUAAAUCUCUGACCAAUAAUUUCUGCUGCAUUUAUUUACAAAUUUCAAUUAAAUCAGUAGAAUUAGGUAUUUUGAUGCAGAUAUCAAAUUUGGAGAGAAUCGCCGUGGAACACAUUCAUCUAUUUAUUUUAUUCUAGAGGUUUAGCAUUAAAAGUUUGUUUUUGUCAUUAUGGUGCAAGCAACAGUUCAAGUUGAGAUCUUGUUAGUUCAUCCACGAAAAGUUGAAAUGAAUGGUAUAGCCUAGUAAUGCUUUUCAAUGGGACAUGAUAUCAUAUUUUUUAUCAAAUUGUGACAAAAUGUUUCUGCCAUGAUGAUGCAAUUUCAUGACUGAUCGAAUCAAUGAGUAGGAAUAUAUCAAUCUAAUGCAAAACUGCUCGAUGUCUAAAUCUUUUUUAUCAUAGGAGUAUAUUUAGUUAAUGGUGUAUUUUUUGCCUCAUUUCAAGUUAAUAAUGUAUAACAGAAAUUUUGUAUUUAUGCUUUUACUACUGAGUAACUAUAUGAAUUCAAUUACGUUCUUAUAAAUUAACUCACCAAUCACCAGAUCGUAUUUUCAAUCUUUGAUUUAUAAACUCUUUUUAUUGAAAAAGAAAAUGAAAUUGUCGUAUCUGCGGUCUAAUCAAACAAAUAUGGGCGCUCCAGAAGUAUUUGUACCAAGAUGACACACAACCUGAACAACCCUAACCCGCUACACAUACUAUGUUCAGGUUGUGUGCCAUCUUGGUACGAAUACUUCGAGAGCACCCAAAUAUGUAAUCAACCUUAAUUUGAAGCAACAGCUGGUCAUAGCAGGAUGCACCAAGAUGGCACACAACCUGAACAUAGUAUGUGUACCAGGUUAGGGUUCAGGUUGUGCGCAAUACUUCGGGAGUGCCCACAUUUAUAACUUUCUUAGCAACAACUCUUGCAACUUGCAAGCAAUUGGAAACAGGAGAUAACUCAUUUUAUCCAACCCAUAAUGGAUGAGUCGUAAAAAGAUCUUUUUCUUAUGAUAAUUUUUGUUUUAGUUCUUUUCACUGAAAACAUGUAGCCUGCUGUGCAUUUGAUCUAUAUUGCUUAGUAUUGCUGUUUUUGUUUGCAACAUACUUGUUUUUAAUGGGGUAAGGAGGGGAAUGAGCAUGGGGGAAAACAGUAAUAUAACAGUUCUGUCGUUCUGAACAGCAUUAUUCCAAUAUUCCAUAAUUUUUCCUCUUUCAUAUGUUGGUAUCGAUCUAUAUCCAAUUUUGUAAGCUAUGCUCGAAUAUGCUUUGUUUUCUGCCAGCUAGAAUGUUGAUGCUUUUGUGACUAUUCUCUACAAAAUGAAUCGUGCCUAUAAUAAUAAUUUUAUGUAUAUAUAGUAUUAUUAAUAAUAUACCAACGUUAAUAAUUUGUGCUCUUUAUCUUUUCAUUUUGCUGUCAGAAGUUGAUAUUCUAGAUAUCCCUGUUUCAAAUUAUCAUUGUGUGGCAAAAUCGAGUAAUAUAUCAUGUCAGAUUUUACCUGUAAUAUGCGACACUAUUUCUUCCUUUGAAAUGAUAUAUCUAUCCCUUAGAAAAAAACAUCCAAAAAAUCCUACUGACCUAGUUGCUUGAUUUCAGUCUUCAUGCUUGACUCGGUCGAGAAUCGUUUUAGGAAAUUGUUUUGCUCCCUUAUCUAAUAUUUACCAUGUUACUGGUUUAAUCAGUUACUUUUGCUUCGGAGCUUAUUUUUUAAAUAAUUAUACAUUUUUGAUGUUAUAAAUAAUGGCUUUCCGGUCAGGAACUCGUCAGGUAAUUUUAAUCUAGCAUAUAUAG